AUGGGGAGGCUGUGGAUAGGGAUGGUGCUGCAAUGGUCGGAGCUGCUAGUGAGCACAGCCAUUUACGUGGCUUAUGGACUAUACAUUGUCAGCACAGCUCUGUCCCUUCGUCUCUCCAACGCUCUUCUCAAUGAAUACUACCAUCUUUUUAAUAAACCCAACAAGGCGUCUGUAGAGGAGGAGGAGGAGGUUAAUUCAGAAGCUGAGGCAUAUGGCAGCUCAUGCGUCGAUGAUGAAGGUCUUCCUCCCGUUGUCAUGGUCCAUGGGCUCUUUGGAUUUGGAAAAGGGAGAAUGGGAGGAUUGUCGUAUUUCGGUGGGGCGGAGAACAUGGAAAGAAGGGUUCUUGUGCCUGAUUUGGGAGCGUUCAGCAGCAUGCAUGACAGGGCCCGCGAAUUAUUCUAUUACUUGAAAGGUGGGCAAGUUGACUAUGGAGAAGAACACAGCAAAGCUGCUGGACACUCACAGUUCGGACGAGUUUAUGUUCAAGGACACUACCCGGAAUGGGACGAGGAUCACCCUGUUCACUUCGUGGGUCAUUCCGCCGGAGCCCAAGUUAUUCGUGUUUUACAGCAAAUGCUAGCAGAUAAGGCAUUCAAAGGAUACGAGGACACUUCUGAGAACUGGGUGUUAAGCAUAACGUCCAUCUCUGGAGCCUUAAACGGCAGCACAAGAGCCUACCUAGAUGGCAUGAAUCCUGAAGACUGGAGAAACAUGAAGCCCACAAGCUUGCUUCGUCUGGUUCGCAUAGGAAUAGCUAUUCUGGAUUGGCUUGACGUUCCUUGGAUAAAGUCUUUCUACAAUUUUGGGUUUGAUCACUACAACAUAACGUGGAGAAAAACGGGUGUUUCAGGUCUUAUCGAUUACCUCUUGGGGAAUAUAGGUCCCUGUGCUUCAGGAGAUUGGAUUCUUCCAGAUCUUACAAUUCAAGGAGCAAUGCAAAUCAACACCCGUCUCAAUACUUUUCCAAACACAUUCUACUUCAGCUACGCCACCAAGCAAACGAGGAAAUUCAUGGGUCUCACAAUUCCUUCUAACUUGCCCAAAAUCCACCCCUUGCUUUGGUUCAAAACCUUGCAGAUGAGCCAAUGGUGUUAUCCUCCAGAAGUUGAACCCCCCUACGAAGAUUACUGGGAUGAAGAUUGGCAGGAUAACGAUGGCGCACUCAACACUAAAUCUAUGACCCAUCCUCGUCUCCCAAUUGAACAUCCAAGUCGAUGUGUUGUAGAAGAUGAAGAGUGUCAGCCAAUGAAACCAGGCAUUUGGUACUACAAGACUUUGGAAGCUGAUCAUAUGUUUUUUGUUUUGAAUAGAGAGAGAGCAGGAGUUCAAUUUGAUCUGAUGUAUGACGACAUUUUUGAGCGUUGUAGGAAGCAUAUAUUUAGGAAUGGGGUUCCAAAUUGUUCAAGGUUUGAAAAUUCGGCUCUUGUCGAAGAGUGCCCAACACCACUAGAUUGGCUGACUUUUGAGCCAAAGGGUGUGCGAACACCAGAUCUGCACCGAUUCAACGUUGAUGCUAUGCCAGUCCACAGCAGGCACACGGUGAUUACGUCAGUGAAGGCGGCUGAAGAAGCAGUCUUAAUUAAACACAAUGCAAUAGACAAUGGAUGCAUUGAAUACAGCUCCGCAGCCUCCGCCCGUCGUCGUCAAUCUCUACUGCCCCCACUGUUCUUUCAGAUUCACGUUCACAACCAAUGGUCUUCGUCUAAGCUAGAGGCUAGAGCAGGCAGUGCUCGAUCACAUGGAGUAGGAAACCUCACACUGUUUUCACUUAAUUAA